AUGUUACUGUUAAUCCUUGUUUCUUUACCGUUACUAGCAUUUUCUGUUGAUCCAGUUGUUGUGCAGGACGGCGAUUCGACGUUAAAGGACAUAAAGAGUAGUGCUCCCGAAACGACAAUAGGACCAUUGCCGGCUUAUAUCUACAAACCGGGCCCUGACCAUAAGUUCAAAUAUGCUAACUACAAACAUUUCCCGCUGCCUUCAUCCACCGAAGAAACACCAGCAGCUGUUGAGAUCUCCGUAGCAGCUCCAUUAACCAUAGAAAAUCCAAUACCAGAGCCACCACCACCGCUGCCAAUGCCAGUGGUUCUCUCACCGUACUUCUUACCGUACUUCAGCCGGUUGCCGCUAGACAACGACUACUUGCUGAUAUCAAGCCAACAACAGCUUCCUCCCACUUUUGCUGAUUACCUCUCAAUGAAAACCAGGAAUGCGCCCAGAUAUGCAGAUUAUAUUGGAGCUGAAAAAUUUUUCGCGCAACUCAGAAAUGAGAAAGCAGCGAAGAAGAUGGACGGCAUUUGA